GGUUGUGAUUGUAACAAUGGCGAAACGCGAGAAGAAGGGGGUUGUCGAAAAAACCGAUUCAAAAUCCAGCGGGAAUCUCGACAGGCAGUACGAGGAGGCCGAGGCGCUCUGUGACGUGUUCGGGCCCGAGGGAGGCUUCCUAUGGCUCAACCGGCCCGACACAGAGGAGGAUGGAGAAAUGGCAUACUCGGUAACAGUAAAAAGUCUGUCUCCAUCUACGCCUCUAACUGCAGUGUUUAUCAUCACCAACCCAGUGGGGUAUCCGGGGAAUACGAAGGACCUGCCGGAGAUCCUUGCAGUGGAGGGAAGUGAGGCAGUAGCUAAACGGCUGGGGGAAUUAUCAAAAAAAGCAUUGGUAACUGUGGAGUCUGAGCUCAAGGAGGGAUAUGAGUUUCCUCUCCUGGCAGCACUAGAGGGAGUAAGGCAGCUCUUAACCGAGAUUGGAAGUGGUGGAGAGAAGGAAGAGAAAGCAGUAGGAGCGUCGAAGGAAACAACCAUUGACGACACUUCAGUUGAAGAUAUUCUUAAGUCGGAGCCAACGGUGCUCGGGAGGAGGAUGCUGGGGAUUGUCCAUAUUCGUAAUAAGGAGCACAUGAAGUACUGCAAGAAGCUGGCCAAUGAAUGGAAUUUGGGCGGAAUGGGCAACCCGAAUGCGAUCGUCAUUGAAGGGGACGAGAGGCUUUGUAUUAAGUACACUGAUAUUAUGAUUCAUUACAUUAAAAAGGUCACAGUACGAGGAGAAGAGCAAAUACCCGUACCCAAAGGGGAGAAAAUGGAUGACCUCAGAGCUUUACCAAAACAUUUCGAAUUCGUCAAAAUUGACGAAAUGGAGAAAAUCGCGAAACUUUGCCGUGACCACGGUUUGGAAGAACUCUUCCUAACCUAUUUGAAGGUCUACGGCGGUAGGCAAUCAUCUAAGAAGUGAUGGAAGUUCCCCCGUUGUGGGGAAGCCACCAGUGACGAUA